CGGGCGGAAUGACUCCACGCUCCGGUGUGUAGUUCCCUUCGGCCACACUGGUGUCCUACAGACUUUGACACUUUUUAUUUUUAUUUAUUUUUUUUUUUCAACUGUUACGAUGAAGCCAGACACGCCCAGCUGCUGCUCUAAGGAGCCGUGUGUUCGAGUGGAGUCCGCAUAGGUGACCCCCCCCCCCGUCUGCAGAAUGAGCAGACGCCCGUUGCUCGCGGCCAGACGCGCCCUCUCCCCCGGUCUGCGCGGCUUCUCUGGCGGAGGAACAAUUGAGGAUGGGCGUGAAUGGGCAGGCCCGCCGCAUCUCACUAAGCAGGCGUCUCUCUAUGUCCACUGGCCGUACUGUCUCAGGAGGUGUUCCUACUGCAAUUUUAACAAGUAUAUACCCAGAGAGAACAAUUACCACAUCCUGACCGACUGCCUUCAGCGGGAGACUGAGACAUUGCUGCAGCUCAGUCGGGUAUCCUGCGUCACCUCGGUGUUCUUUGGCGGCGGGACCCCGAGCCUGGCACACCCGUCGACCAUCGCCGCGCUCCUGGAAACCGUCUCCGGGCAGGUGACUCUAUCAGAUGAGGCUGAGGUCACGCUCGAGGUCAACCCCACUCCAGUGGGAAUGUCAAAGUUAGAGGAUUACUGCCGUGCUGGGGUGAACCGCUUCUCCAUUGGGGUCCAGUCCUUGCAGGACGAUGAUCUGAAAAUUCUGGGGAGAGACCACAGCUCUCAUCAGGCUCUGCAAACUAUUGAGGAGGCUCAGAGGCUGUGCCCAGGGAGGGUGUCGGUGGAUGUCAUGUUCGGACGCCCCGGGCAGAGCGUCGAAUCCUGGGGGAGUGAGUUGUCUGAGCUGCUGAGGGUGUGCGACGACCACGUGUCUCUGUACCAGCUGACGCUGGAGCGAGGCACCCAGCUGUUUAAACAGGUGCAACAAGGGGAGGUGACUGUGCCAGAUGACGACGUGACGGCACAGAUGUACCAGUGUGCCAGGAGGAUUCUCCACCAGAAUGGCUUUCUGCAGUACGAAGUGUCAAACUUUGCAAGAAAUAAUGGAGUGAGUCAUCACAAUAUGAGCUACUGGAAGGGAAGACAGUACGUCGGUGUCGGCCCAGGAGCACACGGGCGGUUUGUUCCUUUCGGGGAGGGAGGUGUCCUUCGGGAGGCCCGGACCCAGACUCUCGAGCCUGACGUUUGGAUCCGUGAAGUCCAACAGAGGGGACACGGGACCCGGAGGAGGAUUCGGCUCAGCCGUCGUGAACUAUUGGAGGAGGUGUUGGUGAUGGGAAUGAGAAUGUCAGAGGGCAUUAAUCACAAGCAUUGGGAGCUGUUUAGCCCUCAGCUGGGCCUCCACGAAGUCUUUGGUACAUCCGGCGGUGUCCAAGAGCUGCUGCAGAGUGGACAGCUGAUUCUCGACGACAGAGGUCUGCGCUGCUCGUGGGAUGGACUGGCCUUACUGGACAGCAUACUGCCAGCUCUGCUGGUGGAGCUAGAGACUCAGAUCCUCCAGAGGCCACACAGGGACCCCAGUGCUGAUGGACAAACACAGAAGACCUCCGACCCACAAUGACAGUAAUGUUAAUAGAGCGGGUAACUUUGGAGAAAGCUCGUUUGAUGCUGUGCUAAAAUGCUAUGCCAUUUUUCACAUUGAAUUCGUUGAGUAUUUCCCUGUCUUUGUUUCUUUGCCGUUUUAGCUGUCGUGACAACUCAAACCACCACAACCUGACCAGUGCAAUCGCGCCUGGCGCUGAAACAUUUCUCAUUAAGUCUUUUUACUGUCAUCUAAACAUAAUUAUUACUCUCGUGGCACAUAAGACAUUGUUUUGAGUUGAUGGGAAUACCUGUUCAUCCUUCUGUGUGAGCCUGUAUUGAGAAUACAUGUAAAUUUUGCCUCAUUUGUAAAUAUACCGGCUGAAUACAGUAGAUGAAUCUGCCACCACCGUGUUCAGCACACUGACAGACACUUUACUAAAAUCUCUGACUCGAUUAACGUGACCAUAUGCAAUUUUUUUU